AUGCACCUUGAAAGUAAUAUUAACUACCCACAUUCACGUAUUACUGCAACAGAAAAUAAAUUAUACAAAAAUUACUUAAUUGAGUCCACAAUUACACAAAGCCACGAAGGUUCAGGCCCAAUUGACCAUAAAUAUGCCGAAAAUAUUGUUAGAAAUGUAAAUAUUUCUAAUUCCAAUUCCUCAUUUGUAAAUGCGGUCUACGUUAUUUCAGGUAAUACAGAUUUAGAUGCAAUUGUUUCAUUUUCGACAUUUGUUAAAAACAUUGCUAACAGUUUAAGGUGUUUAUUAAAUUACGAAAAUGGAAUUCGAAUCAACCGUUGUAGUAUCAUAUCAAAUGAAUGUUCGUUAACUACAAAAGAUUUCAAUGGAGUUAUUUCUGCAUCUCCAAAUGUUAAACUAUCUGUUACAGAUUGUAUUAUAUUAAAUAACAAAGGGUAUGCAUUAUUUUGUGCAAGAAAGGAUGGCUCUAUUACAGUUUCUUCUUGUUUUAUUCCAUCAAAUACUUAUAAAUCUUACACUCAAUCAGUUCGAGGAAAUGCAAAUUUUGAUAUUUCGACAACUGGUUCAUUUAACAUUAAAAAUUCACAUUUUUCAACAGCACUUUGCUAUGCAGAUUUUCUGUUUUGUUCUCUGACUCAAAUCACCACAGAUAAAACUAAAUAUAAAAUCAGACAAGAUACAACAAUCACAGGAACAGUUUCUUUUGAUCAAAAUAAAGAAGAAUCAUUUACACUUGAAAUUUGGAUAGACAACUAUCCAUCGACUAAACUUAGUAGAUCAAGUGGAUCUUCAACAUAUCAAUAUUCAAUCAAUAUUCCAAGUGGAUUAUCCAUUGGAAACCACAAAAUUUAUUCCAAGUUUUCGGACGAAAAUACACUUCGAUCAAAUAUUGUUUCAGCGGAAUUUCAAUAUUUAAAUGCUUUUUCCCUCAAUUUAAAUGACCUUGAAAAAACUGAUUACAACAAAACUAUUGACAAAUACAUCAAAGUUCAAGGAAGUGGAGUUUAUUCAGAAGAAUUUUCCAUUAAAUGCAGCAUUGGAGGUAUUUUAAGUACAUUCAAUGGAAUUCCAAAUAAAAACCCAGAAACAUAUACAUUUGAUUUCUCAGGUACCUGUUUAAUUCCAGAUUCUAUUGCAGAAGAGAAAAAAAUAUUUAGUUACAGUUUGGGCAACUACAAAUCUUGGAGAAAGCACUAA